AUGACUACCACUGCUCCGAUGGAUUACCAAACCUUCACCACCCAGCAGCAUCCCUCCUUUGGUGGCCCGUUCCCCACCCUGCCAGGCACUCCCGCCCACAAUCACCACCACGCCGGCCCAUUCGUCACCCAGCCCUCUCCUUCCCCGCAACAACAACAGCAGCUCCUCCACCACCAGACGCCUCAGCACCAGCAGCACCAGGCCUACCCCGAUGCCCGCUUCUUGCAGUCCUCGCCGUCGCCCUUCCAGUACGGCCAGCAGUUCCCCAAUGGCACUCCCGCCGCCGCCUUCACCCAGAUGGGUGGCGGCGUCCCCCCGACUGGUGGCUUGAUGCAGCCCGGAGGCCUGCCGCAGAACCAGCUUCACCAGGCACGAGUCGCGCUUCAGCAACAGCACCAACAACACCAACAUCAGCAACUGAACCACCAGCCUCAGCCUUCGCCCAUACCCUUCUCUACCGCCUCCUUCUCCCAACCCAUAGCCUCGCCCGUCAACCCUCAAUUCGUGCCGAACCGCCAGACAGCCUCACCGUCAAGCGCUACCCAUCACCAGAGCCCAUAUGGUAGCCAGACUCCAGUCCAACACUCCCCCAUCGCCCUCCCCGCAAACGGCCAGCUCUCCAUGCCGCCGCAACCACAACCCCAACCCCAACAGCCGCAGCUCCAGCUACAGCAACCGCAACCAAGUCAACCCCAAGUACAAGUACCCCAGGCCAUGACGGCUCAACCACAGGCCCAGACCCCCAUAAAGGCGCAACCGGCAUCACCUUUAUCACCGGUCGCCCAGGCACGGGAGAAAGAACGCAUACAGACCCUGCUAGACAUCAACAUGAUCCUGUUGAGAGAAAUCACCGACCUGGUCUCGCAGGGCAAGGGCGGAGUGGUAGGCGGCAGCCAGGAUUCGCAACAAGCGGGGGAGAAGCCGGCCCAGAGUCCGUCGAAGGAGUAUACCGACUACAUGCGUCGUCUCCAAGUCAACCUCGCCUUCUUGGCCCAGACGGCAGAACGGAAACUCACCAUGCCUGGCCCCGCCAUCAUGACGCCGCCGAACUCGCCAGACGAACUCGUCAAGCUGUACUUGAAGUUGCAGGGGUUGUUUCCGUCGUGGAAGGGUGCGCCGGUGCAGCAGAUGAUGAAGGCGUCGCCGGCGCCGGGGCAACAGCAGCAGCAAGCGCAGAUGAAUCAAGCGCAACAGCAACAAGGGCAGAUGAACCCAUCGCAACAGCAGCAACAAGGACAGAUGAACCAGCAACAACCCCAGCAGCAGCAGCCGCUCCAACAGCAAAUGAUGAAAGCGGAACCGGGCCAGCAAAUGAUGAAGCCAGAACCAGGGACCCAGCAGCAGCAGCAGCAGCAGAUCCCUCCGCAACAGCAGUGA